UUGAAGAGAUGCUGGUUUGUCGUCAAAUGUUCAACAUUUUUCACCCAUAUGAUCCUAUAGCAUAUAGAGUAGAACCACUUGUUUGUAAAGAGUUCCUCACCGUACGUCCAGUUAUUAUCCCUUACCAUAGAGGUGGAAAGAGGCUGCAUAUAUGGGUUCUAGGAAUUUACUUAAGAUGUAGCUGCUCGUUCUCAGGCAAUAGUGGACCAAUUCAACUCUAUAAGGUGGCAGAAAAUGCCAAAGAAAGAGAAGAAAGAUCAUAUGGUGUUAUAAUGAUGGAGAGGCUAACUGGAAGUGCAGAAGGAUGGAUAGAUCACAUGCUUCAGAAAUUAUUGGAGGGAUUACGACACCGCCCUUUUCAUAUUGAAACACUUGUAUCGAGAUAUACUCGAAGACCUGCAUCUUCAAGUAAAGGCAACUCAAAGACCUAGAGUGCUUCCAUCGGUUGGUCUGAUCAAAGAGAGACAGCAGAAGAAGAACUUCCUCUGACAUUCUCUGACAGAAUGAUGGGUAGGACGCCUUCUCUCCCUCUCUUAUUUUUAUUUCCGGAGAGUAGAAGGAAAUAGCAUAAUAGCUUGCUUUUAUUCUUCAAAUGUACUUUUGAUAAGAAAACUUUCCUCACUAAACUUAACAUGAAGAUGCAAUGGGUGUAGAAGCAAGUACUUGUGGUCUAUACAGAGGGUUUCUGCGAGCUACUGGUUCCAAAUCUCCCUAAGAUCGACACCAGAUUGAAUCAGUAGUAUCAACUAAGUUUCGCCAGAAU